UUCUGACCUACGGCAACACACGGCAACAUUUUAUGGUGCGUUCCGAAAGGUUCUGCCUGCUCAUUUCAAAAUUUGAGAGAGAUAGCGCCUGUUGAUUGAAGCGGUGCAGAGCGAGAUAGAAGAUACAGACGGAAAUUCGACAGCCACCUCCCUCCCCGAAACUCGAAACGCUGACCCGCGUCAAAGAUUUUUCGCGCGGCCGGGCCGGGUGUGUUGCCAUCUUCUGCUUUUCAUUGAACUACAGCUGCAACAUUGAAUGAAUGAUGAAAAUCGAAUGUUGAUGGUGUAUUUCCCGAAUCACUGAAGCCGGUCUACAACUUCGUUGCUAUUUUAGUCUUCUGUAUUUAUUUUUCGCAUUGGAUGUUUAUUGACUUUCGAUCAUGACUAUUAAGAUUGAUCCUAAUGCUGGAACAAGUAGUGGUUCAGAACAAGCAAACAAUAUGGAUAAGUCAUCUGCAAGCCCUAUUGCAGAACCUGCCGUCAGCAAUGGACCCAAGUCAUCAGGCAGUAAAACCCCAAGUUUAAAGUUAGAGAAAAAGAAAGGCCAAGGCACUCAACAAACCCUUCUGAGUAUGUUUGGAAAAGUUGGAAACUCCAGCAAAUCCAUGAGCACAAACUCUAAAGACCCUGAUCCUUCUUCUGAGAAGUUACCUACCUCAGCUGUAGAUGAAUCAGUAUCCAAAACCAACAGUGUACUUAUCAAAGAAGAACCGCCCUCUGAGGAAGAGGCAGUAAAUGAACUCAAGCGUAAAUGUGAAGAUGGUACACCUUUGAAAACAGUAAAAGAAGAGCCUCAGGCGCCAGUUGAAAAGAAGUUGAAGCUUGAAAAAGAUGGCAAAGAUAAACCUGAGGAACUCAAAAGCUCCUCAUCAAAUAUUGGACCUGUCAAAAGGUGCGAGAUUUGCAGGCAGGCACUGGAUGGCCCCUACAUGUGCUUUUACCCAGGUCACCCAAAAGACGCAGUGGAAGAAUUCAUUGCGCUUACAAAUCCAAAACUGUCACUCUUUACUGGUGAUGAGGCUUGUAUCAAUGAUGCAGAUGAGCGCCCUCAGAAUAAAUUAACUGCAUUUAGCAUUUAUGACAAGCAGGGUCACCUGUGUCCACUUGAUUCUGGCCUGAUUGAAGAUAAUGUUUUAUUAUUUGCUUCUGGUUUUAUGAAACCUGUGUAUGAAGAAAAUCCAGAUCCAGAAGAUGGGGUGCCUGCAAUGGAAAUUGGCCCUAUCAAUGAGUGGUGGGUAUCUGGUUUUGAUGGAGGUGAAUCAGUUCUCAUUGGACUUUCAACAGCAUUUGGGGAAUAUUUUCUUAUGGAACCCUCUGAAGAGUAUUCUAAUUUUAUGAAGCCUAUGUGGGAAAAAAUAUUUAUGAGUAAACUUGUCAUUGAAUUUUUACUCCACGAAGUAGAACCAAUGUAUGAAGACUUGUUAAACAAGUUACAUACUACUGUACCACCUAAAGGAUUGGGGCCACUCACAGAGGAUAGCUUACUUCGUCACUCCCAGUUUAUUUGUGAUCAAGUUCAAAGCUUUGAUAGUGCGUCUACCAAUUGUGAUAUGCUUAUUAUAACUCCAUGCAUGAGAAAUUUAAUGAAAUUGUCGGGAGUAACCCUUGGUAAAAGACGGGCAAUGCGCAAAACAGAACGUAGAAGCCAUGUGAAUAAAAAGGCAGAGUGGACAAAAGCAACUACAACAGAUUUGGUUCGCAAUGUUUUCGAUACCUUCUUCCCUGACCAAAUAGAUUCUGCUGAAGAAAAGAAGCAGGGCCCACGUCGUAGACGUUGUGGGGUUUGUGAGAUCUGUCAGAUGGCUGACUGUGGAGAAUGUACCUCAUGCAAAGACAUGGUGAAAUUUGGGGGGUCUGGUCGCAGCAAGCAAGCUUGCAACCAAAGAAGAUGUCCUAAUUUAGCAGUGCAAGAGGCUGAUGAUUCUGAGGCUGAAGAAGAUGAAGAGGUAGUAACCAACGCCAAUAUCACAGAUAUGAUUUUGAAAACACCGAAGGUGGAUUUAUGUCCAGAUCAAAUGCCAGAGGUCCGAUGGGUAGGAGAACCUGUAUUUUCAAAUGAUCAGUGCAAGUACUAUAGCCGAGUUGAUAUCAAUAACAUUGAAUUUGGUCUCAUGGACUGUGUUUUAGUGAAACCCAACGACCCGAAAGCACCCCUGUUUGUCGCUAGAGUUGUCAGAAUGUGGGAAGAUACGAAGGGUUCCAAGAGAGCCCAUGUCUGGUGGUUUGUACGAGGUUGUGAUACAGUGCUGGGUGAAACUUCUGAUCCUAGGGAAAUCUUUGUUGUGACAGCAUGUGAAGACAUUUCCUUUGGAUUAAUAGCACAAGUCGCCACAGUACAAUUUUGCCGCACUCCUACCAAUUGGUCAAACCUUGGUGGAGAGCCCUUACCUAUUGAUGACUUUCCUGAUGAUGGCACAACCUUUUUUUACCAGAAAACUUAUGACCCCAUUAGAGGAAGGUUUGAAGAUGUUCCAGCUAGUAUAGUAUGCCCAGAAACAGAAGAGCAUGUUGCUUUCUGUGAAUGCUGUGAAAGACAAAGGUUGGCUGAGACUAUGAAGUCUCCUUCAGUUGGGGAGCCUUUUGACAACAAGCUAACAGAUGAAGAUGAGAUGAAAUAUGGUGUUUGUUACCUGAAUGGAGAAGACUAUAGAAGUGGGCAUGGUGUGUACCUGAAAUCAGAUACUUUUAAAUUUGGGACAACAUUGACGAGAGUCAAAAAAGAAAAGCGUGAAAGGAUGGUUGAUGAAGAGAUGUAUCCUGAAUAUUACCGAAAAUCCUCUGACCAUGUGAAGGGGUCAAACGAAGAGACCUGUGACCCAUACUGUAUCGGUUACAUCUCUAGCAUAACCAAGAAGCCCUCUGGGGAAAUAAUUUUGCAACUAAAUAAAAUGUAUAGGCCUGAAAAUACCCACAGAGGUCAGUCAUAUGGACAGCAACUGGAUCUCAACAUGCUGUAUUGGAGUGAAGAAGAAUUGUGUGUCAACUUAAUUGAAGUUGUUGGCAAAUGCUAUAUUGUUUGUAGUGACAAUCUUGAUGGGCCUGAAGCAGAAUGGUCUGCGCAAGGACCACACAGGUUUUUCUUUAGAGAAGCUUAUGAUUCCAAGAAUCAGACAUUUGUCGAACCCUCUAUGAGGGGAUUAUCUGCUGGGAUGAAGGGAAAAGGUAAAGGAAAGGGAAAAGGAAAAGGCAAGUCCAGCAGUUCCACAAGUUCUGAGUUAAAGCCUUCAGAAUGGCCAAAGGUCUCCCAACAGUUACGUUGCCUGGAUGUGUUUGCUGGUUGUGGUGGUUUGUCAGAAGGCUUGCACCAGGCUGGUAUUGCCAAAACAAUGUGGGCUGUAGAAAAAGAUGACAGCGCAGCAAAUGCAUUCCGACUCAAUAAUCCAGAAACUACGGUCUUCUCAGACGAUUGCAACGAGUUAUUGAAACUUGUUAUGAAGGGAGACAAGAUAACUGAUAAAGGACAAUCACUACCCCAAAGGGGUGAUGUUGACCUAUUAUGUGGUGGGCCUCCAUGCCAGGGUUUCAGUGGUAUGAACCGUUUUAAUUCAAGACAGUACUCUCUUUUCAAGAAUUCUCUAGUAGUCUCGUAUCUUUCCUACUGUGAUUACUAUAGACCUCGAUUUUUCAUCCUUGAAAAUGUUAGAAACUUUGUAGCCUUCAAGAAAAGCAUAGUCUUGAAACUUACCCUCAGAUGUCUGAUAAAAAUGGGCUAUCAGGUCGCAUUUGGGGUCUUACAAGCUGGAAAUUAUGGUGUUCCUCAAACUCGUAGAAGAGCGAUUAUCAUUGCUGCAGCCCCAGGUGAAGUUCUCCCUGAUUAUCCUACUGCUCUUCAUGUUUUUAACAAACGUGCUUCACAACUAACUAUUGUUGUUGAUGAUAAAAAGUUCUGUCCACUGAGAGAUACAUCUGAUGGUGCCCCUUUCCGUACUGUCACAGUACGGGAUGCAAUGUCUGACCUUCCUGAAAUUUGCAAUGGUCAUUGUAAGGAUGAAAUGGCAUAUGGUGGCGAAGCACUGACCCAUUUUCAACGGCAGAUCCGUGGAAACCAAUACAUGCCUAUCUUACGAGACCAUGUUUGUAAAAAAAUGGCUCCUCUGGUAGAAGCCAGAAUGGCUAACAUUCCAACAGCCCCUGGGUCUGAUUGGAGAGAUCUCCCCAACAUAGCAGUUCGCCUGACUGAUGGCAAGAUGACUGUGAAACUAUUGUAUUCUCACCAUGAUAAAAAGAGUGGCAAAUCCUCUUCAGGAGCACUAAGAGGUGUUUGUUCAUGUGCUGAAGGCAAAGCGUGUGAUCCUAUCUUCAGGCAGUUCAAUACAUUGAUUCCAUGGUGCCUUCCCCACACUGGCAAUCGUCAUAACAAUUGGGCAGGCUUGUAUGGUCGUUUAGAGUGGGAUGGGUUUUUCUCUACAACUGUAACUAACCCAGAACCCAUGGGUAAACAGGGACGAGUCCUUCACCCAGAACAAACUCGAGUUGUAAGUGUUCGGGAAUGCGCCAGGUCUCAAGGCUUCCCUGAUACAUACAGGUUUUUUGGUAAUAUAUUAGAUCGACACAGACAAAUUGGAAAUGCCGUCCCCCCUCCGAUGGGUCGGUGUAUUGGUAUGGAAAUAAGAAAGAGUUUAUCUCUGAAGGAAAAUAAGAAUUCUGAUACUGAACAGAAAAGUGCUGAAAAUAGUCCUGCUAAAUCAGACAGGGGCUAGAUGAAAGAACUGUACAGUUAGCUUGUAGAUUUGCAUGUUUUACCAUACAACUGUAAUUUUUAUUUGAUCUCAAAGCAAUACUGGCCAAGAAGGCCUGUAAAAUGGAUUUUCAUUUAGUUGUUUUAAUCAAAUUGUGUUAGCUUUGAUUUUAUUUAUUUUUAGCCUAUCUCAGUGUUAACCAAUUUUGUACUUCAUGUUCCGAAAACAUACUCAAUGAAUAACUUAUCAUAGCUCUGAAAUGUGUACCAAUAAGUGUAAGCCAAUGAAUGAAUGAAUGAAUGAAUGCAUGAUGUGAUUAUUAUUUAAAGUAUACAUAGCAUUUGAAAGUAUAUCUGUAACUUGGAUGAUUUUGUGUUUCUAUGUUGUUCAUCUACGCUUAUACUUUACCUAGUCUGAGUCUCAUUUAGACCCAAUCCAUUGAAAAUUGUUCUCUAAUUCAUAUCAUCUUUCAAUAAAGACUUAAUUGAAA